AGACACAGACACAGAUACAACAAAGACUCGCUCUCUUUCUUUCUUCUUCUCUUUUUCUAUAGAGCCAUACCCGAAGCUUUUUUUAAGUAGAGAGAAAAAAAAAAAAAAAAAGCUUUGUCUUUCUUACUCCCACUGAUAAGAUGGAACAAUGGAUGGCUACUCAAGACAACAAGGUCCAUCUUUAGUUUGAUUAAGGGGUUCGGAUCUGAGCUUGAGUUCGAAUUUUCACCAUCUUUGUCUCGGAUAUACGUUUUUGUGGAUUUGGAAGUUUUGAACUGAAUGGCUUCUGAGGACUUGAGUGUUGUUGCCGAAUCUAAGAAAGGGGAGGAGAAUGUUAAUGUUGAUAACUCCAAAGAUAUGAACAGACCCGAGAGUCUUGACAUAUCUACUGAGAUAACUGAUACUGUCAAUGAGAAUGUUCCAAAAGAUGAAGCUUCUAAGACGGUACAGGAAGCAGAUCUCCCUGAGUCUGCUACUUCAGUGAAGAGUAAAACAACUAAGGAUAACAAACCUGUUAAGAGAAAGUCAGGGACCUUUUCUCGGAGCCCCAGAUUCCUUUCUCAGAGCUCUUCAUUUCCAACUAAAGGACCUCAUUCUGAUAUUACUAGAAAGAGCAUUGAUGCUACAGCAUCAAAGACUAGUCCUAAACCCUUCGUUGCAGGUGGAUCCAAACCAAAGGUCACUCCAACUUCAAACAGCAGUGUUUCCACUAAGCGCACCAGUUCAGUAUCUGCGCCCCUCAAAAAGCAAACUAUGCCUGUGAAAACCAUUUCUAAGGAUGCAGCUCAAGGCCCUACUUCCAAAUUGGAAGAUGAAGGUUCUAAAUCCAUUAAUGCUGAAAUGGCAGGCAAGGAUAAUGAGGAAGCCGGAUUAAUCCCUGCUGUGGUUGCUGAUAAAGUAUCUAAAUCCCUGAAAGUUGAAAUGACAAGCAAGGACGAUGAUGACACCCGCUCAACUACCACUUCAACUUCUACACCUCGUGGCCGGAGAAGCAGUGUUGGGUCGGCAUCUGGAUUUUCGUUCAGGUUGGAGGAACGGGCUGAAAAGCGGAAGGAGUUUUAUAUGAAAUUAGAAGAGAAGAUCCAAGCAAAGGAAGUGGAGAAGACCAAUUUGCAGGCAAAAUCAAAGGAGAGUCAGGAAGAAGAGAUCAAAAGGUUGAGGAAGAGCUUGACAUUCAAGGCUGGUCCUAUGCCUAGUUUCUACAAAGAACCUCCACCUAAGGUUGAAUUGAAGAAGAUACCAACUACUCGUCCUAAAUCUCCUAAGCUAGGACGCAGGAAGAGUAGCAGCGAUGCAACAGGAGGUGAAGCCGCUCCUCGUGUGACAAAACCAAAAGAAUCAUCAGCAUCUACACUGAAGAAGCCCGUAACAAAAUCUCAGCCAAAGCCUGAAACUCAAGAGAAGUCAGGGAAGGCCAAAGAAAAGAAAAAGGAAGGGAAGAAAGAAGAAGCAGAGAAGAGAGGAGAUGAAGAGAAGGCUACCGCCGUGGCUGCAGAACCGGAAGAGAAGAAACCAAACUCAAACAGCAUCCAAGUGAAGGCCGCCGAGAUUAUGGCAAGCGAGGUUGCAGUGGGAGGUUGAUCAGAAGCAAAGUGAGCGUUUGGCAGCAGAUAUCUAAUGUCUGCUUCUUCUUUUUUCCUAAACCAUUAAUGUGAAUAGAGUUGUUGCGUCGAGUUUUUUUUUUUUUUUUUUUUCCCUUACUUUUAAGAGUUUACUUCAUUCCUUCAGUUGAAAUUAAGCCUCAAUUGCUUCUUAAGAUGGUUCCCUAAUGUGUUGAACUAAAAAAUGUGAACAUAUAUUAUGAAGAGUUUGUGAUAUGUGUGAAUUUGAG